GCCACCUCAAGGAGAGGUUGAACAGAACUGCUUCCACUUGAGAGUCUGUUCUGAGGUCUUUUCUCUGCCCCAGCAAUGGCCUUGGUUGGUGCAGCACUGAAGCUUUUUCUGUCAUUACUUCUAUGGCUCAACUCUCUCACUUCUUCUCAAGGCAAGGAGAACUUGUGGGAAUACAGAUACCCAUUCAUCAGAAGAGCAAGCUCAUUCUCAUCAUCAUCAUCAUCAACUUCAUCAAACGGUCCAGAAAAGUCCUACGACUAUAUCAUUGUAGGAGGUGGGACCGCAGGGUGUCCACUAGCUACCACACUCUCUCAAAACUACAGUGUGUUGUUACUGGAAAGAGGAGGAGCUCCUUUUGCCAACGUAAAUGUGUCCUUCAUGCAAAACUUUCACAUCUCUCUUGCGGACACCUCACCAAAGUCAGCUUCACAAACUUUCAUUUCCACCGAUGGUGUCUUUAAUUCAAGGGCUAGGGUUUUGGGUGGUGGUACCUGCAUCAAUGCUGGCUUCUACACUAGAGCAAGCACAAGUUAUGUUAGUAAAGCAGGUUGGGAUUCCAAACUGGUGAAUGAGUCAUAUCCGUGGAUUGAGAAACAAAUUGUUCACCGGCCAGAUCUUGCGCCAUGGCAGAGUGCAUUCAGGGAUAGUCUAUUGGAAGUUGGGGUAUCGCCUUUCAAUGGAUUCACCUAUGAUCAUAUCUACGGAACCAAGAUUGGAGGAACCAUUUUUGAUAGGUUUGGCCGCCGUCACACUGCUGCUGAACUACUUGCCUCUGCAAACCCUGAAAAGCUUAAUGUUAUAAUUCAUGCAACGGUUCAAAAGAUUGUAUUUGAUACAACAGGGAAGAAACCUAAAGCAGUGGGAGUCAUCUUCAAAGAUGAAAAUGGGAACCAACACCACGCAAUUCUUUCAAAGAGAUGGAGAAGUGAAAUCAUAGUGUCCUGCGGAGCAAUUGGGAGCCCUCAACUGCUACUACUUAGUGGUAUUGGACCGAAGGCUGACCUUAAAAAAUUGAACAUUUCAGUGGUGUUUGACAAUAAGUUUGUUGGGAAAGGCAUGUCUGAUAACCCUUUGAACACGGUCUUUGUUCCAACUAAAAAACCUGUCAAGCAAUCACUAAUACAAGCUGUAGGCAUUACCAAGAAGGGUGUGUAUAUUGAGGCUAGCAGUGGAUUUGGGCAGUCUUUGGAUAGCAUUCGAUGCAAUCAUGGAUUAGUUUCAGCUGAGAUUGGGCAGCUCUCCACUAUUCCUCCAAAGCGAAGAACACAAGAAGCCAUCAUAGCAUACCGCAGAAGCAAGCGCCACCUUCCACAUGAAGCAUUCAGGGGAGGUUUCAUCAUAGAAAAGAUUGCUUAUCCCCUUUCAACUGGCCAGCUCAGCCUGCUCAACACCAAUGUUGAUGACAAUCCCUCUGUCACCUUUAACUACUUCAGUCAUCCAUAUGAUCUGCAGCGCUGUGUUGAUGGUAUUCGCGUUGUAGAGAAGAUUGUGAGCUCAAGACACUUCACCAACUACACACAAUGUGACAAAAAAACUCUGGAGAAUUUGCUUAACAUGAGUGUCCAGGCUAAUGUUAACCUCAUACCUAAACAUACUAAUGACACACAGUCUCUGGAACAGUGGUGCAGGGACACUGUAGUUACAAUUUGGCACUACCAUGGUGGUUGCCAUGUGGGCAAGGUAGUAAGCCCCAACUACAAGGUGCAUGGCGUCCACAGGCUCCGAGUCAUUGAUGGUUCAACAUUUAGAGAAUCACCUGGCACCAAUCCACAAGGCACUGUAAUGAUGAUGGGCAGGUACAUGGGAGUGAAGAUUUUGCGACAGAGAUUAGGAAAAUCAUCUGGUAUAUAGAUGGCAACACCAACUAGCAGUAGCAGAUAGCAAUGCAUGCUGUAAUUGUGAAGUGUAAUUUUUUCGUUUAAUUUUGGUGGUUCUAAUUCUUAGCAAAGAUGCUACUAGUAGAAAUUGGUUGGACAUCAAAAGAAUGGAAUAUCAGCACUUCCAUUCUCUUGUGUCCAUGUAUUACAAGUACUUGUCAUGUAAGUUGUCACCAUUUGGUGUCUCCUUUAUGUUAGAGUAUUUAUAUUAUGGGUAGCUUAGGUAUUUUACAUUAUUUUGUUGUCCUAAUAUAUAAGGGCCUACAUUGUGUAUCUGUGUUAAGGUUGUAUUAUUGAAUGGAUUAGUCUUAAC